CCGUUUAGUUUGCCCGGUUUACGAACCAAUCCUCUGAUAUUCGUCGUACUUCGUGGUCUAACGACCUCUCUUCCUUAUGAAUCGAUUGGCGCGAGGACGAUGGCGUCCUACUUUGACGAGCACGACUGUGAACCCACCAACCCAGAGGAGCAGUACCGUCAGAAUGCCCUCCUGGAGCUGGCCAGGUCUCUGAUGCAGGGCCUGGACAUCGACUCGGACGCCUUCGACCUGUCGGACUGGGACCAGCGCCUGCCCCCGCCGGCCGCCGCCGCCGCGGUCCGGACCCUGUGUGUGGUGGUCGUCUCCCCCGAGCAAGCAGACAGAGGUCUGAAAUGUCCUGUGUGUCUGCUGGAGUUUGAGGAACAAGAGGCGGUGCGACAGAUGCCCUGCAAACACUUCUUCCACUCGGGCUGCAUCCUGCCCUGGCUGGGGAAGACCAACUCGUGUCCGCUGUGUCGUCUGGAGCUGCCCACAGACAACCCGGAGUACGAGGAGUUCAAGAAGGACAAGGCGAGGAGGAGGCAGAGGGACCACAGACUUGAGGACCUACAUGGAGCCAUGUACACAUGACACCUCUCCACACCUUGGGGCUGCAAUGCAUUGUGGGUCCGGCGCUCCUCCCCCCCGCUCUGUUUUGGUUUGGUGUUUCUUAUCCGGGGAUGCGGGACGGAAUUUUCCUUUCAAACAAAGAAUGAACUGAUUUAGCAUCGAGAUACGGGCUGUAAUACGGGCUGCACGCACAUUCCACCACCAACCCAUCAAUCCGGACUACUGAGUACUGAACGGGCACGUUCAUCAUCCCCUCUGCCUUCCCCCCGCACCCUUUUAUAGUUUUAAUGAUGACUAUAUUAUUAACCAAUAUUGUCUAAAUAUGGAAACAUUUUUACGUUGUUCCCCGAAGAUUUUUGAAAGAUUACCACUCAGGCAUUAUAUGGUUGUAUGCGUUUGAAAAUGAAGAAGUGUAUUGAUACUUUCCUGGGUUUAUUAUCAGCAUCACUCGCUCCAUUGGAUUGGGUGCACAUAUAUCUAUAUCUAUUAAUGGAAGUGUGAUAUAUAUAUAUUAAAAAAAAAGUGUGAUCACUGAUGUCUGUCCACUGUAGGGUUCUCCACCAUCCAAACCCACACCGCCACGCCUACCACGUGUAUCCACCUUUCAGCUUCUUGUGCUUCGUUUCUGACAUGAAAUAAAUGAUAAAUCUUCAGGCUGAUGUUCUGUCAUGGUCAGGCCUACCCUACGUACGGGAAAUGCAUUUGAUCCCUACCUGUAACACUGUUAAAUAGCGGCCCAAAUUGGUGGGCGCUAUCCUGGUAAUUUCUCUGCGUGAGAAAUACGAAGUGUGGCGUGUGAGCGUGUGCAUGGGUUGAAUUCAUGGGGCAAGCCCCAGGAAUCUCCCACUUCCGGCUUCCAUGAAAGCGAACCAAACUAAUUCACACAAAAGCGUUCAUGCAAAUCUAGCAUCAAGUUCUCUCCAGUCACGCUGAAAGUAGUUCGCUAGUAGUAGCCCUUUAAUUUGCAGUGUCAGAGAAUUCUGAGAAAUCUCAGUGCUGACGAAAUUCUCAGAAUUCUGACACUGCAAAUUAUUGCGCGCUACGACUAGUGAACUACUUUAAAAAAAACUCAACACCGCGACCAGGCGACAAAUGACUGGUGAGAACCUUCUUAAAUGAACCUUUAAUGCUGGUUUUAAUUAUCAGAAUUCGGAUUUUAUCCAAGUAUUCUUACUAUAUUAUCAGAAUGCUGAAUUUUCUCACAAUUCAGAUUUUAUUAGCCUAUUCGAUUUCUGAAUUAAAAUUCUUGUGAUGAAUAAUCUACAUUUAUACAGUCGAUGUGCAGCACAUUUUUCUAACACCAGCACUUCCACAACUAUGCCCAUGUUCCUGACUGCUAUAUACAAAACCAUUUAUAGCGCAUCUAUUUUUCUGCUGGCUAGUGAUAGUCGCCCUAAAUGCAGCUUUAAUGUGGGCUCUGAUUCUGAAUGAAUGCCGCUGCUGAACUGUGUGAAUAAAUGAAGGGAACUGAAAUCCAAAGAAGAGACGUGGUUUUGAUGUACCGGUGAAUUCAAGCUGAAAGUGGAACAUUGCUGCCAUCAUGGGAAAUUAAUGUAGCCUAGGCCUAUUGUAAGUAGCUUUCAAUUCCUUGUUUUUUUGUUAAACAUAUCCAUUUGGUAUGACAAUAGAAACUGAAUAUUUUAGCUUCUAGCUCUAGAUUCCCCCACCCCCACACAGAUUUUUUCCUGUAGAAACAUAUAUGGUGGAAACAGAUACGCCCUCUCAACCACAA